AUGCUGGCAUCUCCCACCAAGGACCCAGGGCCCCUCCACCACGGUGGGAAGAUUGCAGGGGUGUCGACGAGCACCCCUCCCCAGCAGACCCUCUCCUCAGGCAUCCGGGAGGCUGAGCGUUUCGGGACACCCCCCGGGAGGGCCUCCAGCAUCACGCGGGCCGGGAAGGAGGAGAACAGCGGCGGGCUCAAGUACAAGGCCAGCCGGCUGCCCCUGGGGAAGAUCGGAAGGGGCUUCAGCAGCAAAGACCCCGAUUUUCAUGAUGACUAUGGCUCUCUUCAAAAUGAAGACUGUGGCGACGAUGACCCCCAGGGCAGGCCACAGCAGUGCCGUCUGGAAGGCUACAAUGGCCUCGAGGUCACCAAUGUGUAAGGGGCUGACCCCCCCCAGCCCCAGCCUGGACGCACCCACGGAGGAAGGGCAACCGGAUGCUGUCACCACUGUACAUAGUGCCACAGGCCGGGACACUCCUCUCCCGGGGAAAAUCUCAGUUUCAGACGGGAGCUCCGUGGGACCAGGGGGCACCAGCCUGCCUGUCCUCCUUAGGGGAAGGACCUGUCAGCCCAGCCUCCCAAUAACCCAGGCCCCACCUGGGAGUGACUGUCAGCCACUGAGCAGGCCAGCUGGUCCCCGGAGCCUUGGACUGAGCCCCCAGAAGCAUGCUCCCAGAAAGCGCAGGUGGGACUCCAGUCGGACACAGCGCCCAGCACGGGCAGUGCCAGGGGCGAGCCGACCUGCGGCGGACCCGUCGGCACGUGGGCCCUCCCGGCCAGCCUGGGGGGCUCUCGGGUCCAGCACCUGCGCUGAGAACUCGGGUUCUGACUUGGUUUGCUGACUCUCUCUUGGGAGAAUGUAAAAUGGGGUGGUCACGCCCUCCCCUCUGAACAGCCAUGUGUCACGUGGGGGAGGACAUGCACAACAGCCGCUUGCCUUCUCCCGGGGCGGAGGGAGGCGAAUGACCUGCGCAGGGGCGGGGCUUAGCAGCAGCGUUUCCAGGAAAUGCAGAUUUCCUGUCAUCAGGAUGGAGGGUACCCUGAGGAUAAGAUCCCGGACGAUUGACUUAGGUCAGUGACGGCCAAGCUGGACAGUGGGUUUAGGAUUGGGAGCGGGGAACUGCUUGUCAUGGACAACCCAGCAAACCCGUGAUGUGGUGUCUCCGUCACCUGAAACAGAGGUGCCUUCACCACUGCCCUCGUUGAGAUGAAUCUUACAGAGCAGAGUCAACGUGGGGGACAGAGCCCCCGCCCUUAUGACUCUGCCACUGUUUCCCUCGGCGGCUUCUUCCCAGGGGCCUCACCUCUCUGUGCCUCAACAUCCUCAACCACAAUAUGUCCUGCUUCCAUCCCAGGUACGUCCUGAGAAUUAACACUUGCUAAUGUUUGUAACACACUUGGUCACCUCUCAGGAGACAGGUGGACAGGAGCGGGGACAGAAGGGACCUCUGAGGUCCCACUCACAGCACAGGACUGACCCUGAACUGGUUCUCUCUCCAACCGCGUUCUGCUUGGAACGAUGUGCAAAUGGAGGAAAAGGAAUGCUUAACGGUCAGACUCUCUAGAGCCCCCAGGAGGGCUUGGUCAAAGGGAGAGAGAGGAGGAGAAAAGUCCACAGACACUACUCUGGAAACCCGGUCUGACCCGAGUGUUGGGGCUUCCGUCUGUUGACCACAGCGCUGAGUGAUGAUCUGGGAGGGACGAAAUGCAUUGGAGUUCGACUGACUUUGAUCAUCAGAGCGAAUCAUUUGUUUGGGACCACGAUGCCCGACCCCACGGAAGCCUUCCGCACCAGAGUCGAUGAGUGGUCUGAACUUCCAAGGCGUGCACGGCCGCCAGCCUCCAAGAACCGCCAGACCACACAUUCUUCAACCCAGUGAACCGUUUCCCCCCGCGGGAAAAGCCUGAGCUGAGGCCUGAUGGAUUUGAGAAUGGCUCACUCCUCCCCCUGCCGAAGGCCUUGGGUUCCUCCUGGAACCCAGCUUUGCUUGCCCGUGGAAACCAAGCCCGGCCCCGCCGACAGGUGGAUGGCCUUCGGUUCGUCUGACAUUUAGCCUGCUAGGGUCACAUUUGUGAUUCUGUGGCCCGAGGGGUGAAGCUCUCGUAGCUAACGUGGCUUUGCUGAGGUCCCAAACUCCAGGGUCUUCCUGACGUCCAGGCACACCUGCGGCCGGAAGCUGCAGAGUCCGCAGCCUGGAGGGGGAAGUGAAACCCCUCUGACCUGAUGCGGCAGGUCACUCCCACGCCGGCAGCCAGGCUGGGCGCCCGACCCCAGGGUCAGCCUCCUGGGGAGCAGCAAACCAGGUGGGAAAUCCUUCCCCCGGGCUGAGUGAGGAUCGGACUCGGGUGCCUGUGUGCAGCUCCAACCAUUUGAAGCCAACAUUCACCCGAGUCGUCGGAAAGGACGUUUGCAUUUCCCGCCCCCGCUCCAUCCCCCUGGGGACAAGAUGGGCAAGUGGACCGUUCGGGGGUGGCAGUGCCCAAAACAUGUGCAGCCUUAGGCCAGCAGGCCUGAGCCGAUGCGGAUGACCUUGGAAGCUCCUUUCUGUCCAAAAGAUACUUUAACAGCACGUUCUCCUCUCCUACCCGAUGCUCCGAUCCUCGGCAGCCAGGGGAGUGUUCGGUAUUGGCUUUUCAACACAAGGACAGGUCGGCUGGUAAAGGAGCAGCCUCCACACACAGACUCUGUCUGCUGGGAAAGUCCCGAGUGCCAACCCUGCCUCGGGUGCGGGCAGGAAAAGCGGCUGCGGAAAGACUUGGUGGAGAGAUUCUGGGAGCCAAGAGGCUAAAGCGGGCAGGGAAGCCCCUGCGGAACAGGGACCUGCCACCUCCCGUCCAAAGGGCCUGAGCUGUGUGGUUGUGGGUGGCGAUACGGCUUCCAGACCUGGGAGAACAUGAACCUGCAUCUUAGAGAGGCAUCGUCUAUGCCGUGGGGGCUGCCCCCUGGAAAGCGGUGGUUGGUUCCAGAAGCCAGGGAGAAACAGAGCAGGCAGAGGUGCCCCAGGUGUCUCCGAGGAGCUGGGGACCAGGGCCCCUGGAGCCUGGACGGCUCAGUCCAGUAAGCGUCCAACUCUUGGUCUGGGCUCAGGUCAUGAUCUCACGGCUGUGGGAUG